GAUUUCUGAGUUCAAUUUUACAUCUGUGGACAUACCGGUACCUGUGGGUUAUUUUAUUCGCGUUUUCUGUGUGCAAUAGAGGAGCUUCAAAUUCAUUUUCUUCUUUUUCGCGGACAAGAUAACGCGAUAAGUUUUCUGUUAAUUGUGUUGGGAUUGUGCAAUAACUUCGGACUUCACUUUCGCAGUGAUUUAUCUCCCGCGGUCAUCAACUAGAGCUCUAGUCGCGAUUCGCUUUACGUCCUCAGCGGACUUAAUCGCUCAUUCACCGCUUACUUCCAUAUUUUCUCCGAAGCCUUUUUGGACUCUGUGAAUCAAUUCACGUGCUCGUUUGUGGAUCAGAAGUCAGACAGUUGUCAAGAUUCCAACGUGGAUGUUCGUACCGCACUGUGACUAAGUCCAAGUGUACAGAUCUCAAAAAUGAAUUCAUCAAUGCGUCCUGGUGAUGAUCCAAACGACACCCUAGUACAUGGUCCAGUGAAAUCCAAGAAAUCAGAAAUAAAGCAUCGUGGAUCUUGGUCAAAACAGAUCGAUUUCUUUCUCACUCUUUGUGGUGGAUCCGUUGGGCUAGGAAAUGUUUGGAGGUUCCCGUAUCUCUGCUACAAGCACGGCGGAGGGGCAUUCUUAGUGCCAUACUUUCUGUGUGUGGUUUUGGGAGGGAUUCCAUUGCUCGUCAUCGAGAUAGGGAUCGGACAGUUCACCGGACAGGGACCAAUCACAGCAUGGACUAUGCUUGCACCCCUCUUCAAAGGUAUCGGAGUGGCAUGUUUGGUGGUGGAAUCGCUCAUAAAUACAUACUACGUGGUAAUCAUGGCGUGGGGCCUUUACUAUCUUUUCUGGUCGUUCAAGGCUGUCCUUCCGUACUCUACCUGCGACAACGAGUGGAAUACCCGUUGUUGCCUUGCAGCCAAUGACGUCAGGAACGUCAAUGCGACGUCUUCUCUUGAUAACGACACCGCCUACGACUUGGUCGACGACGUGAUUAGUCCGACGUUGAAUACGAGCGAGGAAUGCGGGAACGAGACAACAUCCCCCACGGUUGAGUUUUGGAAUCGGAAGGUGCUUCAGAUCCACUUAUCGGAAGGGAUCCAUGACAUCGGCCAUUUGAAUUGGCAUCUCCUCCUCUGCCUGAUCUUGGCUUGGAUCAUUGUCUAUUUUUGCAUAUGUAAGGGCGUCAAGUCAUCGGGGAAGGUGGUAUAUUUCACCGUUCCCUUUCCAUACAUCCUGCUGACUAUUCUACUGGUACGGGCCGUCACCCUACCCAACGCUCUUGAAGGCAUCAUCUUCUACCUCAAACCAGAUCUCUCAAAACUGAAAAAUAGUCAGGUCUGGUUAGAUGCAGCCACUCAGAUAUUCUUUUCCAAUUCUCUGGGUCAGGGGGUCUUGGUAGCGUUGGGCAGCUACAAUAGGAAAACGCACAACUUCGUCAGGGACACACUGCUUUAUUCUGCAAUAAAUAGUGCAACCAGUAUUUAUGCUGGAUUCGUAAUCUUUGCUGUUCUUGGAUUCAUGUCUGGUGUGCAAGGGAAACCGGUUGCAGAUGUUGCGAGCUCAGGUCCUGGUCUUGGAUUCAUAGCUUACCCCGAGGCCAUCACUCAGACACCCCUUUCCACUCUAUGGGCUAUUCUCUUCUUCCUCACUCUCCUCUUACUAGGUAUAGAUAGCCAGUUUGUGUGUGUUGAAGGAUUUAUCACGACCGUCGUCGACCUGUAUCCGAAAACCCUGCUCCGUGGGUACAGAAGAGAAAUGUUCUGCGCAGCCGUCUGCGCAUUUUACUGCAUCCUUGCAAUCCCUGUGGUAACGAACGGAGGAAUGUACAUAUUUCAGCUCUUCGACUACUAUUCAUGUAGUGGUUUUGUUCUACUAUGGAUCGCUAUAUUUGAAUCAACCGUCAUCGGGUGGGUGUAUGGUGGGAGACGUUUUAUGGAAAAUGUGACAGCAAUGACCGGUAUGAAAUGGAUCUCGCCUUACAUGAUCUUCUCUUGGAUGUUUGCAACCCCAAUAUUUGCCGGUACAAUCUUCUUGUAUAGCCUGGUUGCCUACGAGCCAUUAAAGUAUGAGAAUGAAUACACCUACCCAGGUUGGGGUUAUUUUAUUGGCAUUAUGAUGGCAGUUUCCUCUAUGGUCACUAUCCCCAUCUUCAUAUUCUAUCAGCUAAUCUUCAAAAGUCAAGGAUCACUGAGACAGCGGUGGAAUGCCCUCACUACGGCAAGCAUACAGGAUUUUCAGAGAUCUCUGGACGAGAAAAAUGAGGAGAUGGUGGGUCUCAAGAUACUAGAGGUCCGCUGAAUAAUUCCCUUGGAUCUUAAAAGUGCACUUUGUGACCAGCUGAUUUUUUUUUAAUCUCAAAAUUAGGUUAAACUUGUAUGUAUGAGUGUUUGUUUUUGUCCUCAAAACCAUGAAACACACCACAAUAUACAAUCAAAACUAUACAUUAGUAAAAAAAAAAAAAUAGCGAUAGCCUAAUUUUAAUAGCUAUCUCCCAGUCGCAUAUGCCCAGUUGUUUCUGAUGACUAUUAAUAAGCACAUAGUACUGUACAACUAAACUGUGUACUCUGACAUACAUACUGUAAAAACUAGGCGAAAGAAAUAAUGUGCAAGUACAAAAAAUCAAAUUGCUUUCAAUUCUAGGAGUUGCGUUUGACUGUAACUUGUUCUUCAACAGGCCCUUGAGCACUCAGAGCCUUCUCCGAAGAAGUAUUUUUCUAAAAAGAAAAAAAAAAUGUUGUAAUCAUCUUUUUCAUUUUUUUUUUAUAGUAUCUUUGUGCAUGAGACUUACGUUACUUUAAGUAAAGUAUCAAAACUCAUGAGCUAUGUAGUGUUAGGGGUUGUUGCAAGAAAAUAUGUGUGAUCAAUUGCAAAUAUUCUGUCGCAAUUUGACAACUGACAGAUCAUCGUUAGCUAUAGCAAAUCAGAUUAAACUUCUUGUUUCAAGGAGCAGAUUAGAAAUCAAUCACUAAUUUGCAAUUAACUACAAGACAUAUGAUUGAUUUAGGGACCAAACAUUGACUUGCAAUUGAUCGCAAGUUUCUUGCAACACCCCAUUAGUGUUAGUAUGCGCUUCUUGGUUUAAAGUGCGAUAAUAUUUUUGGGGUGUUUUUUAUAUUUUGAUGAAAGAGAAUAUUACUAUUUUAUGCGUGAUUUUUACGAGAGUUUCUCGUGGAGAUAAAAGCGAGGGGUUCAACCUUGGAUUCAAUUCCAUUGUAAAAGAGCGCCAUCUCUAGUCUGCUAGCUUCUGUUUCGAUCGUGAGUUUAUUUUUAUUUUUACAUUGUGUUACUCUUUGAAUGUCAACGGCAAUAAUGUAUACAGUAAUAAUGACAAUAACAUUGCUGAUUAAAGUUUGAAAUAUUACAAACAUCACCC